CGUAAUACAAGCCUUUGGUCUUGUUUCGUGUUGUCCAGUUGUCGAGAUUAAAACUUUAGUUGUGUUUAAUUUAAAACAAUAAUAACAAAACGAUUAAAUCAACAAAAACUAGAAAUAGCAAGUAAUUCACAAUGCAAGGACCAGCGGUUUUUAUGGAUAUAUCGCUUGAAGAUCAGGCUCAAGAACUUCGUAAAUAUUUUAAAAGUCUUGGUGCUGAAAUAUCGGAGGAGAAGUCUCCUAAAGGCAUUGAAGAUGAUUUACACAAAAUAGUUGGAGUUUGUGAUGUCUGUUUCAAGGAAACAAACGAGGUGGAUAUUGAAGCUAUUUUGAACAGUAUUGUGUCGAUUAUGGUCUCGAUUCCACUGGAGAGAGGAGAAAACUUGAUUCUGGCAUUCAGUCAAAGACUUACAAAAGCACCUGGGCCUAAACUUGGCAUCAUUGCAUUGCAGUCAUUAUGGAGACUGUACAACAACUUGGAGACAAACUCUCCGUUGAGGUACCAUGUGUAUUACCAUGCUAUUGAGCUAGCGGCACGCGUCGGUUUGGUUCAAGAAGUGUUCAAGGGUGUGGAACAGUUGAAGAAAGAAUUUGAAAACUGUCCCCCAUCAAAUGAACAGAUGCAAAAGCUGUAUAGAUUGCUCCAUCAAGUAUUGAAGGAACAAAACAGUGAACUAGCAUCUAAAGUGAUGAUUGAACUUCUGGGCACAUACACAGAUGAGAACGCCUCCUACGCUAGAGAGGAUGCAAUCAAGUGCAUAGCGACUGCACUGGCUGAUCCCAACUCAUUCCUUCUGGAUCCCCUGCUAGCCUUAAAACCAGUGAGGUUCCUAGAAGGAGAACUGAUACAUGACUUGCUGAAUAUUUUUGUAUCGGAGAAACUGUCGAGCUACCAAACUUUUUACAACAGUCACAAGGAGUUUGUACACUCACAAGGUUUAAAUCAUGAGCAAAAUGUCAAGAAAAUGAGAAUAUUGACUUUCAUGCAGAUGGCUGAGUCUAACCCCGAAAUUACAUUUGAUGAAAUCAUCUCUGAGCUUCAAAUCGAAGAGAAGGAUGUAGAAGCUUUUAUUAUUGAAGUGUUAAAGACGCGUCUGGUUCGCGCGCGCAUGGACCAGGCGGCACGCUCGGUUCGCGUGUCGUCGACGAUGCACCGCACGUUCGGCCGCGCGCAGUGGCAGCAGCUGCGCGACGUGCUGCUGCUGUGGCGCGCGAACGUGCAGCACGCGCACGACGCCAUGGCUAGCGUCGCCGCCGCGCACCUCGAGUACGCCGCGCAACAGCAGAAGGCGCAGUAGAUACUAUCUGUUCCAUUCUCAAAAAAUCCGAUUUUUAAAUGAGAUAUUUAUGUAUGGUAGAUAUUUAUAAGUACCUCCAUCCGUUCCAUUUUAAUUUUUAUGUAACGCAAUAUCAUCCAGCAGAAAAAUCACUUUUGACAUGAAAUCUUUAUACAACAGACAGACAUUUAGGACAGACAUCUCUUCAAUGCCAAUGCAUUAAACACCGUUUGUUUAGAUGUUUGUUUGUUAUGAAUAUAUCUUUUGAAUUAUUAAAUCAAUGGUUUUGUUACUUUGCGUGAAAUUAUAUGGAAUGGAUGAUACAAAAAUUUACAUCCAUAUACACAUCUGAAAUAAAAGCAGUUACUUGCGCGUUUGUGGUUACCUAACAAAACAAUCCACGAAAGUAAUAAUUACAGUGGCUUAUAGAUAAUACAGAAAAAAUAGAAUUUAUUAAUUGAAUUGGAGUUCUAUACUUCCUGUUGUAUCGCAUCUACCUAGUUAAACACGAGACAAAAGCAAUAAGUUUUGCAUUUAAAAUACUUCAAGCAAUUUUUACAUAACACAAAUAAAUUGGUUUACUAA